AUGACGGUUAUCAAUUCGUUACCGAAUGAAUGCUUUCAAGAAAUAUUCGAGCAUGUUAGCAAUCAAGGACCCGGAUUAUUUUCAAGCCUUUUGGUUAAUAAAAUAUGGUGCAUAAAUGUCGUAUAUGUGUUAUGGAGUAGACCGUUCGAAAAGAAAUACAAGUUUGUAAAAACACCAAUCAUCAUUCAAACAUAUUUGAGAUUUUUAAGCAUAGAAGAUAGAAAAGAAAUUGAAACUCUAAUCAAUAAAAACACUCAUAGCGAAAGUGACGGAGGAGGAUACGAUGUAGAGUUAACAAGAAAACCAUUGUUUGAUUACCCAAAAUAUUUAAAAGAACUUGAUUUUCAAGUCUUCGUCCACAAAAUUGUUGAAUGGGCCGGAACUAAAAACAAAAAACUUAGAAAUCAAGAUAACUACAAUGAUAUCAUAAGUCUGAUUAUCGACCAAUUAAUCAGAUUGUUUUCUAGAAAAUCUAACAAUUUAGAUUAUUUAAGUUAUUGCGCUUCAAGGAGUUGGUCAAAAGCACCAAAUUUUGAGUUUCUUAAUGAUGAUGAUAAUAAUAAUAGCAUAAGUAGCAUUAACAAUGAAGGAAAUGUAAAUUUUCUAAUUAAUUUGACACAAUUUCAAUUUCAUAUCUGGAAUUUAAAUGAUGAUGAUGAUGGAAACAUUGUAAAAUUUGUCAAUUUGGUCGGUUAUAAAUGGUUCAGCUAA